AUGGACCUCCACCCUCUCGAUAAGCGGUACAAUGUCUUCUCCGAGAAUCCCAAGGGCGCGGACGAGAACAUCACGGUGCGCGGGAGCAAGCUGUACUGGGCCAUCUUCGCCAUCAUGAUGUUCUCCACCAUAUGCUUUAUUGUGUGGGCUUACACGAAGCCGCGGCUGGAGCGCCCUUUCCAUUACAUCACGGCUUCCAUCACGAUGGUGGCAUCGGUCGCAUACUUCACCAUGGCCUCCAAUCUUGGUGGCACGCCUAUCGGUAUUGAAUUCAUUCGAAGCGGCGUCGUCGCGGGUUUAACGCGCCAGAUCUUUUACGUCCGGUAUAUCGACUGGGUCAUCACGACCCCGCUGUUGCUAAUGGAGCUGGGACUUACGGCCGGCCUGCCAUGGAACAAUAUCCUAUGGAUCUUGCUGUUGGAUGAAGUGAUGAUCAUCACCGGCCUUGUCGGCGCCCUAGUCCGCAGCAGCUACAAAUGGGGCUACUUCGCCUUUGGCUGCGCCGCGCUGCUGCUCAUCGGGUGGGAAAUCAUCUUGCCCAGCAGCGGCAACGCAAGAUUCAUUGGUGCAGACGUGCAUAAGCACUACAUCAUGCUCGGCAUGUAUCUCAUAGUUCUAUGGUACGUGUUCUCCUCACCUCACCUCACCUCCCCUCCCUCUUUCCUUCCAUCCGGACCCUUCUUGGAGAUGUGGAAAGGCAAGAAGGCAAGGAGGAAGGAAGCCAUGUCCGCCAAAUCAUCAUAUGUUGACCCAUCCUACCCUACACACAGGUUCCUCUACCCCAUCGCCUGGGGCCUCUGCGAAGGCGGCAACGUCAUUUCGUCCGACAGCGAAGCAAUCUUCUACGGCAUCCUCGACGUCCUCGCCAAGCCCGUCUAUGGCGUCAUUCUCCUCAUCGUCCACGAGAAGAUCCAGCUCGAUCGCCUGGGAUUGGGGGAUACGAUCGUUAACCCGAGUCAGCCGCUGUUGAGGAGCGGACCAGGCGAGGAGUAUCACGCUGAGGUUGGACGGAUGGGGGAGGGGGUCGAGAGGGUUCAUGGCAUGAAUUUUAGGACGGCGAGUUCGAUGCGGAGUGCUGCCGCGAAGGAGAAUGGUAUGGAUGGUCAUAGUUCGGCGUAA